AUGUCUCCUCCACUAUUCUUGUUCGCUGCCUGUGCCGCUGUUUUCCUCGCCUUAAACCCUGAGGCCUCUGUGCACGCCUUCAACCUGCAACUGAAGGCAGGCAGAGCUGUAGGACUGCCUUCACUCGUGUCUCCGUCAACGGACCUAUUCAAGGGGCCCACUACCGCGCCCGGGGCCCCUCUGGCGACCGCCGGCCCCCCCGCCCUUCCCGCCUCCGAGCUUCGUCUGCAUGCAGCAGCGAGCUCUCCCGCAGGAGAAGGGGCCCCUUCUUCGGGAGCGGACAACAGUGUGCUGGCGAUGGCUGCUUUCUUGCGCUGUCACAAGCCACUGCUGAACGACCGGGGCCCGGAGCUGCCAGACGGCAACCUCUGCAUGCUGCUUCGGGGAUGCGACGCGCACCAGAGAAUGAUAUCUCCUCUGGAGCUGAAGACAAACGGGGAGUCGCUGCCGGGAGCGACAGCAGCAGGUAUGAUGGCGGCCAAGGGCAUUCCUGCAGCAGAAGCCCUCUGUGAACAGCUCGGCGAAUCCCUCAAACUCACAAAGGGGCCCCACGGGGUCUGCCCAGUGGAGCUGCUAAAGCUGGAGGUUGGGAAGGUCCAUCGAUUGCUGCAAUUCGCCACGGCUGCGGGGCUGAAGAAGAACUUCUUAAAUUCUGAUGCGCUUCUCGUCAUGCUAGAGCUUUACGAGGAAGUCGGUCUGAACAGCGACCACAUCGUGCACGUCAUCAAGGGCCUCAAAGAUUUCUACCAGGCAAGGCUCCUGUUGCUGCAGCUGCUGCUGCAGGAGGAAGAGCUGCAGUUAUUACUGAAGGAAAUGGACGAGAAGAGUUUCAGCACAUUCUUCCUGCCGGCGUACGAGGAGGUUAUAGCCAAAUUCGGCGAAGCAAAAAAGAUGGUGAAGCAUGCAGAGAAAGUGCCGUUUUCCUCUCUCCCCUACGAGCCCACGCCGGAUCCCCGAACUGUGGCUCCUCUUGUUGUGGACAUAAUGCAGUUCAAAGACAAACUGCUCUUGGCGUUCCUCAGCGCAGAUAUCAAUCCCCGUUUCCCGCUGGUACAGCUCGCGAAGGCCUUUACACCGGGGGAGUUCGGAUUCUGA